UUCUGCUUGAGGUUUUUGUAUCUUAGCCUGCAUGUGCCUCCAAAUAUGUGACAAAUGUGAGGUUCACCAAAUGUAGGACACUCUCCUUACUUCAGCUGCAGUUAACUGCAGAGUAUGGCGGAAUAUCAGUUUAUGUUGGACCUGAACAUCUCGGCGGAAAAGGACCGUUGCCGUUUCUGCUGCUCUUGUUGUUAUUGUAGCUAGCGUUAGCGUUAGCUAAUUAGCUAAGCAAUCGCUCACAGCAUAACCGAUGUUGAUUCAUUGCUGCGGGGCAGUGAACCGCAAAAACAAGGUAACUCUGGAGCAACUUUCAGACAUCAACAACAGACCUUAGCAACGUUUAUGAAACGCCUUUAAGUCAUUGUGUAAUUGACUUUAGCCAGUGUUUUAGGUGUUGUUACAGUGCAGGAUAUGCUAACGUUAUUUGACAGAUUGCACGGAUAAAUGACGGCUGCAUGCUUUUGAAGAAAACAUGGAUUAAAAUGAUAUUCCUAGCUAAGAUCAGCUAACCCCUAACGCUGCCAGCAGCUAGUGCUGUCUGCACGUUUUGAGAUGGAGCAGCAGAUAGCAGCCAGUGACAUGGCUCUAAUCUUCCCCAUCACAUCUGUCUGAGUUGUAAAGCCUGUGAAAGAGAAAUCAUGUCUUGCAAAGCCGCAACCAAGGACAAGAAGUCGAGCUUCAGCAAGAAGCUGUUCCGGCGGGGCUCUGUGCGGUCUGUGGGCAGCUUCAUGGGCAGAUUCAUCCGGACUCUGACCGCCUUAUCACACUUUGGAUCUGAAGUGCAAGCAGAAGAUGAAAAAGAUGACGGGGGGUUCUCCUCUUUUAAACCUGGGUGUAAGGAUGUGCCCAUGGAGGAUGGGGACCUGGCGGGUUUGUUGUGUGGAGACAGGGUACCUGGAGUGUCAGGGCUGAAAAACCACGGGAACACCUGCUUCAUGAAUGCCAUCCUGCAGUGUCUCAGCAACACGGAACUCUUCGCUGAGUACCUGGUUCUGGAGCAUUACAAAGGCGAUGAGCAGGAAGAGGACAAACCAAAGACAAAUGGCUUACUUCUGCACAAGAAGGGUCCUCUGGCCAAAGGAGAGGUGACGGAGCAGCUGUCAGGACUCAUGCGGGCUCUGUGGACCUUUGAGUACACCCCGCAGCAUAGCAGGGAUUUCAAGAAUGCUGUGUCGAAAAAUGCCAUCCAGUUCAAGGGGAAUUCUCAGCACGAUGCUCAGGAGUUUCUGCUCUGGCUGCUGGACAGAGUUCACGAGGAUCUGAACACAGGGAACCCUAACAUCAGGCCUGCUAUCAAGCCACCUAUAGAAGAAGACGAUCAAAGCUUGGAAGGGCCCUCUCCUCCCCUGUCUGCUGGGUCCUUUGUGCAAGAACUGUUUCAGGCUCAGUACAGAUCAUCUUUAACUUGCCCACAUUGCCAAAAGCAGAGCAAUACGUUUGAUCCCUUCCUCUGCAUCUCCUUACCGAUCCCACUGCCCCACACACGGCCCCUGUAUGUGACGGUGGUCUACCAGGGGAAGUACUCUCACUGCAUGAGGAUCGGAGUGGCUGUUCCCCUCAACAGCACGGUGUACCGCCUCAGAGAUGCUGUGUCACGUGAGACCAAGAUCCCCAUGGACCAGUUUGUUCUGACUGAAAUGUACUACGACGGUUUUCAUCGUUCAUUUUGUGAUGACGACGAUGAUCUCGAAAUCAUUCAGGAGAGUGAUUCCAUUUUUGCCUUUGAGACACCGGAGACCUUCAAACUGGAAAACAUACGCACAAAAAGAGGAAGUCUUCUGGCAAACCUGAAUCAUAACAACUUAAAGUAUGGGACAGAAUUGAGCAGGACUCCGUCGUUCAUGCAAGGAGCCUUGACACCUUUAACUGCAUCACCAAAUAAAAACCUGGGGCCAGAGAAAGUUAUCCUUCUGGUGUGCAACAGGGCAUGUACCGGGCACCAAGGAAAGAGGUUCGGACUUCCUUUUGUACUGUACAUGGAGCGCACUGUGACCUGGGAUGCUCUACAGAAAGAGAUCCUGGAGAAAAUGCGACAUCUUCUGAGGCCGGGGGUAUUCAUCCAGGUCGGACCUUUCAGUCUCCGGGUGGUUGGUGUUGUCGGCAUCACUUACCUCCUUCCUCAAGAUGAGCGACCACUGUGUCACCCCACUGUGGAAAGAGCAUACAAGUCCUGUGGACAAGGGGGACCUCCACAUGUGAAGAUCGUGGUAGAGUGGGACAAAGAGACCAAGGACUAUCUGUUCGGACACACUGAGGAGGAGUACAUUCCUGAUGCUGAGAGUGUGUAUCUGCACCGGGAACAGCACCAUCAGCCGCAGGCCUGCAGCCUCGCUCAGUGCUUACAGCUCUACACCAAGGAGGAGGAGCUGGCCCCAGAUGAUGCCUGGCGCUGUCCCCACUGCAAGCAGCUGCAGCAGGGCCGCAUUAAGCUCAGCCUGUGGACGCUGCCUGAUGUGCUCAUACUGCAUCUCAAGAGGUUCAGACAGGAGGGAGACCGGCGGAUGAAGAUGCAGAACAUGGUGAAGUUCCCUCUGAUGGGAAUGGACAUGGCACCUCACAUGGUGAAGAGGAGCCAGAGCAGCUGGAGUUUACCUUCCCAUUGGUCGCCAUGGAGACGCCCAUAUGGCCUGGGCAGAAACCCCGAUGACUACCUGUACGACCUGUACGCUGUGUGCAACCACCACGGGAACAUGCAUGGAGGACAUUACACAGCGUACUGUAAGAACUCCAUUGAUGGUCAGUGGUACUGCUUUGAUGACAGCGAGGUUUCCCCAGUACCUGACGAAGACGUGUGUCAGCAGACGGCCUACAUACUGUUCUACCAGCGGAGGACUGUCAUUCCCUCCUGGUCGGCCAACAGCUCUGUUGCUGGCUCCACCAGCUCCUCCCUGUGUGAUCACUGGAUCAACAGGUUGCCUGGCAGCCGGCCGGCCAGCCUGGCCUCCGGAGCCUCGUCCAGACGCACCUCUCUGGCCUCACUGGCUGAGUCUGUGGAGUUCCCCGUGGAACGCAAUGAAGAUGAUGGAGGAUUCUCUAUCCGCCCCUUUGUGCGGAGCAUUCAGCGCCAGAGCCUGUCCUCCAGGUCUUCCAUCGCCAGCCCUUUAGCCUUCAGCGACAGCGGGGUGAAGCCUUCCUGGUCUCUGGCUGCGAAGCUGCAAAUGAGAUCCAACUCGCCCUCCCGUUUCUCCCUCGACUCUCGAUGUUCCCCUCCUCUAGAGAGGAUCGGAGAGGCGUGUGAUGACAAAGUCUCCACGUCCUGUUUUGGCAGCUACAGCAGACACGAGCGCUACUUUGGCAGCAGGUCUCCCCUCUCUAUGAUGGAGAGCAACUUCACCGACCAGGACAACAACAAGAGGUUCAUCGACAUGAUGUACUGCAGGGCUCCCACUCCAGUGGACAAGAAGAGCACCAAAAAUGAGGCAACUGAAAAUAACAACCAGAUUUCAGCUGUAGACCAAAACUUUCUUCCCGCCCAAGCUACUCCCUCCAAAGAACAGAAACGCAAGAGCAGUAUCGGGGGAUUCGCCUCAAAGGCGGAAGGCACAGGCUCAACGAAGUCUUCCAGCAAAGUGGAGCAAGAGAAAACCUCCAAAAAGCGUUUGUGCUCGAUCCAUAAGACCACCGCUGCUGAGACGUCUACCAGCACUCCUGUGAAAGGCAAAAAGCCAAGCAGUACUAAAGAAAAGACUGUAAGUGCCAAGAAAAGCAUCUCCACGCCCUCUGGGACUCCCUCCAAAGCAAAGGUGGCGACUCAACCUCUCGACGCAACGCCACAGCGUAAGCCAUCAGUCCGCUCCACUCCUCAGUCCUCCACUCCUCAGUCCUCCACUUCUCAGUCCUCCGCUUCUCCCUCGCCAACGGCAAAGAAGAAUUCCAACCUCACAGAGAACAGCUGUAGCCGGAAGAGGCUUGUAGAGAGGAGCUUCAGCAGGGACUCGAUGCACACCAGUCCUCUGGUGGACAGUCUCCGAGACAGCUUGGCCAGCCGCUCCUCCUUCUCCAAGAGUGGGGAAAGUAAUAGGCCCGAGAGGAGAUCCGUGCGGAGCUCCAGCAGCAGCUCCUCCGUCACCAGCCUACGCUCCCCCAGCGUAUCCGCCAGAGACCUGCAGCGCAGCAGCAAGUCUGAGGAAAAGGGCCUGUCGUUCUUAAGGAGCGCCCUCCGACAAAGGGAAAGCCGCCGGUCGGCUGAUCUGGGGAAAAGCACCCUGGUCGCUAAGAAGGCCUCAGAGAGGACGUGCAAGCAGAACGGACAAGCUAAGGACGCCGGUGGAGACGCAGGAAAGAAGGGCGUCGCCGUGUCUCCACAGACGCCUGCAGAGAAAAAGUCGGACACAAAGGAGUCUUCCAGGCCCCCCAGCUCUCUCAGUCGCUCUCUAUUAAACGUCGGCAAGUCCAAGUCUUCCACUCCUGAAGUAAGUCUCAAGUCUCCCGCUAACGGGAAGAAACCUCUGGAAAGGAUGGCAUCUUCCCGCAAGCUGUCGUCGAGCACGCAAUCUCCUGCACGUACAACAAAGAGGCCUCAAUGAUACAUCCGUAGUUUGAAACGAACAUGAUGCAGCUAUUUUCUUUGUGCCUGAGUUAAACUGAGCACCACGUGUAUUUGUAAAGAGACACUUUUUUGAUGUUAUGCUUCUGCACUCUGACAUCAGAUACUAGCUUUGAGGUUUGAGUAUUGGCAGUCAGCUGUAGUGAAACAAAAGAAAGUAGUGUAAAUCAUCUGCAUAUUCAGAUGCCAAACAGUUGCUUGGCAUGCCACCAGUUCUAGUUUUAAGUGCGUAUCCUCAUCAAUUACACUUUUUAAGCAUUAGGUAGGGUUUUCAUGCGAGUUAGACAAUCUGUCGACAUGUAAGAGUUUUUUCUGGCAAGGCAGGUACAUGAGCAUGCAAUACGCAUUCAGCUGUGCAGCACUUCCUUUUUGGUUGUACUGGAGGCUUAUAUGACAGCUGUCAGAAUUGCCUUUUGGAAUCCAAUUAUAUUCCCUUCAGACAAGAGGCGUGUUAUCUCUUUGAAAUGCGGCAAAACAUUACGUUUAGUUUGCUUGCAAAAUAUCCUGCUGACGAAGUAAAAGGAUUUAAAACGCAGCAGCUUGUGCAUUAAGAGAAGUUAAUGGAGUAAGAAGCUUUUUCACCUUGUAUGCACCAACGAUGCAUAUGUUGUCUUGUAGGAUAACGUUCUUUAGAUUCCGAUGGAAAUAAGAUGGCUGCUGAUGCUUAAACCUCACCGCUCUGAUUUCUAAGCAUUUAAUACAUAGAAGCAUAACAUCAGAAAUCAUCUCCGGACAAAUUCUGAGUGAUGCUCUCUCACACACACACACACACACACACACACACACACACACACACACGGUUUCAUUCCCAAAUAAUAGUGAAUAAGCAUUUAGUAUUUGUCAUUAGAUGUGUUACGCUGAUGGAAGCAUUAGCAUGCUGUAGGUACUAAUAAGUCAUUUCAUGAUUUAAGACGGUUGAGAAUAAUUUAAAAAGUUUGACAUUAUGAACCAUAAAAGAAUAUAGAAAUACUGAGGUGAUGGCAGGCCCCGGACCGAACAGAAAAAGCAUUUGAGAUGAUGAAGAAUUAGGAACGGUACACACUUUUAAACAAGUCUUCCAAUAUUUUAAAACUUUAUUUUUCUUUAAUACUUUUUUUGAUAGAAAUGUUUUUUAUCAAACUUAUCGGAGUUAACUCCUCAAAGGGACGUUGUGUUUGGAAUGAAACCCUUUAAAAAGUAUAUCAAUGUACAGAUAUUGACAAAGUAUAUAGUAUAUAAUAACCCAUUUCUUCCCUUUCCAUGAGCAAGAUGAAUAAGCGCCUUUCAAUACUGUACAUGGACACAAAUGUAGCCUUUGGAAACAUAGUAGUCGACUACUGUAUGCAUCACUGAGUAGGAAUGUUGUUUUAUCGCACUUUGUAUAGAAAGGUCGUUUUCCUUUACCUAAUACAGUUCUAUACACACACACACACACACACACACACUCUCACUUAAUGUACUUAUCUUAAUAUGUUCUUAUCAUUUGUAAGACAUAUCGUACAGUAGUGUUGAAUGGUUAAGGUUCAUUCAUCUCGAUGUUCAGGGGUCACUUUACUCCACCUGGUGCUCUGGAUCUGAUGUUUCUUAAAGAGCAUCUUUUUAAAAAAAAAAAAUGCUGAUAUUCAGAACUGUGACAACACACACUACAGUGAGCCAGAAACCUGUGGCAGCACUUAUCAUAACCUGUGGUACCUCAUUGGAGAAUGUCAUAUUUGUCUUCAUCAGGCUGAACCAGAGUAUUGAGCAAUUUCAUUUCUAUUGGCGCUGAGCAGUUGUUCAAAUAUGGUUAUGUAGGCGGAAUCUUCUCAACUAUCAGACACGGCAUGGUACAUUUAUCUUGCAGUCAAAUGAUAGAAACAGCAGCUGCCAUGACGUUUUGAACACUCGGCAUUAUCAUAGUAGCAUUACCCCACAUGCAAAUGCAAUAUUCAUACAUUAGACACCAGCAUAGUGUAUGUUCGAAACGAAUGAAUGUGGUUAUGCCGUUAAAAUCCAACCAUUAGUAGGUUAUACUUUAAAUAUGUAACAUAAGCUUGUACUUAUAGAUCUACAUAUUUGUCUCAACUUUUUCUCUGUAGCACCUAAAAGGUUUACAUUGGUUCUCAGAUGGUUUCAGAGGAAAUGCCACUCAGUUGAAAUACGCAUGUGUGUUAUUUAAAUGGCCUGUGCAAAUCAGUAGCCUUGAUGAGACUCCAUCUGAAAUGUUGUGACAUUAAUAUUGGUUACGGGUAAGAGUUUGAGAGCAGUUUUUUAUAUUUGUUGAUGUCUCAUGAUAUCAAAAUUAGCUGUAAAGUUAAAUGCUACCAAACAUAGCAACAAUGGUUAUGUGUAACUCAAUUUACAAGAUCUCCAUCGAAGCACUUUUAUCCUAACAUUUCUCCAUAGAUAUUUUCCAUUUGAUCUGUUAAGAAUACUCUCUUGGUCAUUUAAACACAGCAAAAAAUGUCAAAUUCAGAUCCAGUGGAAUAACAUUCUGUAUGAUCAUUUAAAUGUCCAACCACAACAACACAAAUGUAUCCGUGGCUACUGUGUUCAAACAGUUCGGGCCAUGGAGAUAACACGGCUGUUUCACUGUGCUGGUUUUCCUGUAGCUGCUCUUUUUCUACUUCACAUUGUAAUCUAUCAGGAACCUGUGCAUGGCACUUUGGAUCAAAGCAGGACACUUUACCGUCAUUCUGGCUUUCACCGUUUUGUUUGCCUGUGUAAAAGUCUGUAAUGAAUUAGUGUGCAUUUCAGAGCUGGAUCAUGCCGUUACACUUUGUUCUUCACUCGACAUUCAUACUGUAUAUUGCUUGUAAUCUAUAUUUAGAUAGGGGCCCCCAACUUUUAUGUACACAACUCUUAUUGCUGCACCCUGUUCCCUUGUUUUCCCACCUUUCUUUAUUCAAGAGAACAAUGUCCCUAGUUUCACUUCAGUUUUGUAUUAUGUCACAGGAAUUAUUUGUCAUGAAGUGACAAACAUGAAACUUUGUUAUCAGUUGCUUCCAAUCCAGAAAAAAAAAGCUUGUAUUGCUGUUUUUUUAUUUGACUCGUAGUAGUAGAGCAAUAAUCCGAUAAUCAUCAUUCAGACGAAGAAAGCCGACGUUUGAUUUACCAAAAAAUGCAACAUGGCUGACUCGAUAAAAGCCAUUGAAAACUAGACAAGUACUGUACUUCAUACGAGAAGUAUAUAUAUAUAUAUAUAUAUAUCUCAAAUCAAUCUAAACACAUACCUGCUGAAACAGGAUAAAAAUCAACAUCUUUACAGAGAAUAUUUUCAUCUCAUUUUCCUCACUGCAGAUAUUGUCUGUUUUUUCAAUUCCUUGUCUGUACAGAAUUGCGAAAGAUAAAGGAAUGCAGUAUUGCAUGAAAACGCUAGUGCAUGUAUUUCAUUAACUAUGCAAGAGUCUGCAGCUGUUUAAAGCGCAGAGCAUGGCCGGUAUAUUCCAUUGCUUUAUUUGCACACCAUUCCAAUAUUUAGAAAUUGUAAAUGACAGAAUAUUUCAUCUGUACAGUUAAUAAGAUUCAACAGCUAUAUCCUUUCUUCACCCAUUCCACCAUAUUAAUGUUUAUAUAUUUUUACGUAGUAUUUUAUUUUGUAAUUCUGCUGAUCUGUGCUCUCUGGGUGCUCCUACCGAGCGGGUAGGUUACGGUCUUUUUUUAUGUUGACAAGAUGUUAAAUAAUUCCUGUUGUACACCAGCAGAGACAACGCUAUGGAUGCGAUCAUCUCUAUGUGGUGACUAAAUAGCCUCAUGUAUGUAUGUAUUGUGAAAUAGCCUUCCAUUGAUUCAGCGAUAACAGUGUAUGAACCCCUGUUGAAAUGUUCUCAGCUGCAUCCAAGAUGUGGCCAGUCUCUAAUAUAAAUGCAACUCAAAUAUAUAUAUAGCUAAAUGCAAUAAAGAUAGUCCAUUUGUAGUUUUAUAUUGCAGUAUGUAAUGAACAAUGACAUUAAAAUGUUCGGUUAAUACUUUUUAUAGUAUUAUCACGUCAAUCAUUGCUA